UGUUGCGAUCUAUUUUUGCAACUUGUAUUGUGCUCUUAUUUUCACAAACUACUAGGGGUUAUUUCUAGAUAAUGCCACUGACUCUAGUUUAGCAAAUACGGUGCUGACCAUUUAAUUGCACAGGGUUGGAAAGGGAUUUGUUUUACAGGAGGCAGUUUCUAGCAUUCUAUCAUACUCAGGUAUAAAUCUGUAUUAGGCUGUAUAGGUUGUGUAGGCAAUAUUGCACAUACCUGUAUUAUUGAAGAUCGCUUAUAUCUUUUUGAGCAGGUAUGGCAGUGAGGUGGUGUUCCUUUGGGUUUGUGUUGUUGGUAGUGUUCGCAUGUUGUGCUGAUGCACAGCCUAACUUGAGGUUUCCUUCGUACAACAACCCCCAACCCCAAAUUACAACCUCCACGUCUAGACAGCCCCAAUGGCCAGAGCCCCAGUGGCCACAGCUGCAGACUCCCCAAAGACCAGAGCCCCAGAGGCCACAGCAGCAGACUCCCCAAAGACCAGAGCCCCAGAGGCCACAGCUGCAGACUCCCCAGAGACCAGAUUCCCAGAGGCCACAGCUGCAGACUCACCAGAGGUCAGAGCCCCAGGGACCCCAACUACAGACUCUCCAGAGGCCAGAGACCCAGAGGCCACAGCUGCAGACUCCCCAGAUGCCACAGCUGCAGACUUCUCAGAGACCAGAGCCCCAGGGACCACAACUACAGACUCUCCAGAGACCAGAGCCCCAGAGGCCACAGCAGCAGACUCCCCAGAGACCAGAGCCCCAGAGGCCACAGCAGCAGACCCCCCAGAGACAAGAGCCCCAGGGGCCACAGCAGCAGGCUCCCCAGAGGCCAAAGCAGCAGACAUCCCAGAGACCAGAGCCCCAGGGGCCACAGCUGCAGAAUCCCCUGAGACCAGUGCACCAGUGGCCACAGCUGCAGACUCCUCAGAGGCCACAGCAGCAGACUCAUCAGAGACCAGAGCCCCAGUGGCCACAGCUGCAGACUCCUCAGAGGCCACAGCAGCAGACUCCUCAGAGGCCAGAUCACCAGGGGCCACAGCUACAGACUCCCCAGAGGCAUGAGCCCCAGUGGCCACAGCUACAGACUCCCCAGAGACCAGAUCACCAGAGGCCACAGCAGCAGACUCCCCAGAGGCAUGAGCCCCAGUGGCCACAGCUACAGACUCCCCAGAGACCAGAUCACCAGAGGCCAGGGCAGCAGACUCCCCAGAGACCAGUGAUCCAGGGGCCACAGCAGCAGACUCCCCAGCGGCCAGAGUCCCAGUGGCCACAGCAACAGACUCCUCAGAGGCCAGUGAUCCAGGGGCCACAGCAGCAGACUCCCCAGCGGCCAGAGUCCCAGUGGCCACAGCAGCAGACUCCUCAGAGGCCAGUGAUCCAGGGGCCACAGCAGCAGACUCCCCAGCGGCCAGAGUCCCAGUGGCCACAGCAGCAGACUCCUCAGAGGCCAGUGAUCCAGGGGCCACAGCAGCAGACUCCCCAGCGGCCAGAGUCCCAGUGGCCACAGCAACAGACUCCUCAGAGGCCAGUGAUCCAGGGGCCACAGCAGCAGACUCCCCAGCGACCAGAGUCCCAGUGGCCACAGCAGCAGACUCCCCAGCGGCCAGAGUCCCAGUGGCCACAGCAGCAGACUCCUCAGCGGCCAGAGUCCCAGUGGCCACAGCAACAGACUCCUCAGAGGCCAGUGAUCCAGGGGCCACAGCAGCAGACUCCCCAGCGGCCAGAGUCCCAGUGGCCACAGCAGCAGACUCCUCAGAGGCCAGUGAUCCAGGGGCCACAGCAGCAGACUCCCCAGCGGCCAGAGUCCCAGUGGCCACAGCAGCAGACUCCUCAGAGGCCAGUGAUCCAGGGGCCACAGCAGCAGACUCCCCAGCGGCCAGAGUCCCAGUGGCCACAGCAGCAGACUCCUCAGAGGCCAGUGAUCCAGGGGCCACAGCAGCAGACUCCCCAGCGGCCAGAGUCCCAGUGGCCACAGCAGCAGACUCCUCAGAGGCCAGUGAUCCAGGGGCCACAGCAGCAGACUCCCCAGCGGCCAGAGUCCCAGUGGCCACAGCAACAGACUCCUCAGAGGCCAGUGAUCCAGGGGCCACAGCAGCAGACUCCCCAGCGGCCAGAGUCCCAGAGGCCACAGCAGCAGACUCCCCAGCGGCCAGAGUCCCAGUGGCCACAGCAGCAGACUCCUCAGCGGCCAGAGUCCCAGUGGCCACAGCAACAGACUCCUCAGAGGCCAGUGAUCCAGGGGCCACAGCAGCAGACUCCCCAGCGGCCAGAGUCCCAGUGGCCAGCAGUAACCCAAACUCCAGAUCAGAGAUGUCAAGUAUCGGUUCGGGAUAUAGUGCAAUGUGGAACCCCAGAUAUUACUCCAUCUCAAUGUCAGGCUAUCUACUGCUGCUUCAAUGGACAACAGUGCUACUAUGGGAAGGCAGUGACUGUGCAGUGUACCAGGGAUGCUCAGUUUGUGGUGGUGGUGGCCAGGGAUUCCACUUGGCCCAAAAUAGACAUUGAUUCCAUCAGUCUGUUGGGGGGAAAUGACCGCCCUUGCAGUCCUGUUGGCAUCACUUCAGCCUUCGCCAUAUACCAGUUCCCUGUCACUGCCUGUGGCACCACUAUAAAGGAGGAAAGUGGUUAUGUGGUUUACGAGAACAGGAUGGCAUCUUCCUAUAACGUGGGGGUGGGACCUCGAGGCUCUAUCACCAGGGACAGCCAUUUUGAGCUGCUGUUCCAGUGUAAGUACUCUGCCACUGCAGUAGAGGCUCUGGUUACUGAGGUGAACACUGUUCCUGCACCCGCUCCUGUUGCUGCUCCGGGACCCCUCAGAGUGGAACUGAGACUGGCCAAAGGAACAUGCGACACCAAGGGGUGUAAUGACGAGUCGAGAUCCUUCACAUUGUAUUACACUGAGGAAGACUACCCCAUCACUAAAGUCUUGAGGCAGCCUGUGAACGUUGAGGUUCGCAUCCUGGAGAGGAAGGAUCCCAACCUGUUCCUGAUGCUGGAGCACUGCUGGACCACCCCUGACCCCAGCCCUGUCAGCAUGCCCCAGUGGGAUCUCAUCAUUGAAGAUUGUUCCUACCCGAAUGAUAAUUACCUGACCACCAUGGUCCCUGUGGAACGUUCCUCUGGCCUUCUGUACCCCAACCACUACAAACGCUUUACCCUCGAGAUGUUCACCUUUGUGGAUCACACUCGGUCUCCCCAGAAAGAGCGGAUUUUCAUCCACUGUAGUACCUCUGUGUGCUACCCUACUCCAGGGGUCUCCUGUGAACCGAAAUGCAACAGGCAAAGGAGAGAUGUUGCUGCUGCUCAGAGGAAGACUAUACAGAAUGCUGUGGUCUCCAGUGGAGAAGUGGUCCUGGUUGACAAAAGGCCUGUCUCCCUUUCAGACCACUAAUUCAACCAGUUACAGUUUGUAAUGGGGUAUGAAAUAAUGUACUCCGUACUUCCAUACCGGCAUUUUUCUUGACGAUACUUUCUUUGUUCUUGAUUUGGAAGAAAUGUAUCUCUUAUAAACGUCCGUGUCCAGUUUCCGGUGGUACUCCAAAAAAUCUGAGAAUAUUCAGAAAGAUAUUAAAUCCACUUAUUGCACAGUGAGAGGUGGCCUCCCGAUUUUAGCUGCCAGACAUCUUGCAUUUCCCAACAUCUUUGCAGGAACUAGUCGUUUCUAUGCGACGUGGCCACAGCUGACAGCAUGUCACACAGUGCGUCCAAAACAAAGAUCUAUACACGUGCAAGAGGCGUUUCUCAAUCUAUGCAAAACGUGGAUAUAAUAUUUUUCUGAAUAUUCUCUCUUUUUUUUGUUCUACUUGCAACUAGACACAGAAGUGCGCUACUCCAGGCAUUUCCUACAUACACUGGAACCUUUCGAACAAAUAACGAAGAAAGUAUCACCAAGUAAAGGUUCGUUGGAAAUAUCCCGAUUACAGCAAGACAGCAGCUCAGACACAAACUUUAACUCUACAUGGUUAUAAUACAACAUGGGCUCCUGAUUUUGCUACGUAUUUAUUGUUUCUAAUAAACAGU